AUGGCAGAAUCGGACCCAGUUACUCUGACAAAAAUCACCUACUAUUGCCAGGCUGGUUACUAUGGUCACAUGGAGGCAGCAGCUCUUGAAGGCUUGCAGCGCUAUGGCAACGACCUAGUUCUCAAGUUUUUUGUGGCUUUGGCCAAAGUAUUACAAAAUCGAGUACAAGAAGGCAUGAGAGAACUAGAGCUUCUCAAGGACAAACGAGAUGUCAACCUUUGUUCCACCAUGGCUUUGAUGUUUGCACACAAGAAAGCUCAGACAAUGGAUCGAGAAGCCAUCCAGCAGUUAGAUGCCAAACUAAAGGAGGAACGGAAGCAGGCAGGGGAAUUGGGUUUGUACUUUGCUGGUCUUUUCUUGGCCAACACGGGCAAAUAUGACAAGGCCAGAGAAUACAUUGACAGAAUGCUGAAGCUGGCACCACAGAAUGCAGAUGGUCUUACACUGAAAGGCUGGAUUGAGCUGUACAGUGGCAGAGAGGCCAAGAAAGCUAUCAAAUAUUUUGAGGAGUCGCUAGUUGACAGGUCCAGAAAUAUUAGUGCCCUUUUUGGCAAGGCCAAGUACUUUGAGCUGCGUCACAACUACAGUGGGGCCUUGGAAAUGAUGAAUCAGGUGAUCGUCAGCCAUGUCAACUUCCUGCCAGCAUUUGUGGAGAAGAUGAAGUUGCAGCUGGCUCUCCAGGACUGGGAUCAAACAAUGGAAGCAGCCCACAGGGCUCUGAACAUUGAUAUGAACUGCGUCGAAGCCUUGAAAUAUCAGAUACUGCACUUGAUUUGCAGAGAGGGGCAUUACACAGAGUGUGGGAGAAAUGCCUUGGUCUUGCAGCAGACGCAAGUGUUGAUUGAAAGUGCAGUGUCACUUGAUCACAAUAAUGCCGACUUUGUGAAUGAAAUGGGCUUCCAGCUGCUCCAACAGGGCAAGGUGAAGGAAGCCAUGAAGUGUUACAGGAAUGCCAUGCAACUUGAUGAAACCAGUGUGUCUGCUCUGACGGGCAUCAUUGGCUGCCAGCUGUUGCUGGAUCAUGUUGAAGAAGCUGCACAACAACUGGAGUUUCUGAAUGAGCUUCAGCAAACAAUUGGGCGUUCUGCUGAGUUAGCAUACCUCUCUGCAAUUCUGGCCAAGAAGAAAGGAAAAGGGCCAGAGAAAACCAUGGAACUGCUCAACGAGUCUAUUGAGCUGCACUUUGCAAGUUUAAAGGGUUUGCCAUUGGGAGUUGACUACUUUUGCAAGUUAAACCCUGAUUUCCUGCUGCAGGUUAUCAAGGAUUACUUACAGUUUGCACCUCAAGUGCCUGUGACACCUGGACAGCCUGUGAGUCCUGUUCUGAAGAGAUGUAACCAAGUUCUGGACCCGUUGACAAGGGCAGUUCCUGGCCUAAUGGAGGGAUUAUUUCUCAUUGCUAAAGUCAAGUUCCUGUCAGGGGACAUCAGCACAGCACAAACCACCUUGCAGCACUGCUUGGACCAAGAUGCUACAUUCUCCAGUGCCCACAUUUUGAUGGCUCAGAUUCAUCUCAGUCAGAACAACUUCAAGCUGGCCCAUCAGUCCCUGGAGGUCGGACUCAGCUAUAACUUUCAGGUACGCGACCAUCCGUUGUACCAUCUUAUCCUGGCUCGAAUCCUGAAGAAGCAAGGGCAGACAGCAGAAGCAGUGAAAACUCUGCAGAUGGCGAUGGCUCUGCCAGGUGUCUCAAAAAGUGGUGCGAGAAGUGACGCCGGCAAAACAUCCAAGACUGAUCAGAUCAGCACCAGCGACCGGGUUUCUGUGUAUCUGGAGCUGGCAGAGGCUCAUCGGCUGCAGAAUCAGCAGCAUGAAGCAGCUAAAGUGAUGCAGGAUGCCAUCAAUGAGUUUCAAGGCACUCCUGAGGAAGUUCGCGUUCUCAUUGCAAAUGCUGACCUGUCACUGGAUAGAGGCGAUGUAGAAAUGGCACUGGGAAUGCUUAGAAACAUCACACCUGACCAGGCCUAUUUUGUCGAGGCCCGGGAAAAGAUGGCAAAUAUAUAUCUGAACUAUCGCAAAGACAAGCGGCUCUAUGCUAGCUGUUACAGGGAACUUGUGGAAAAGUAUCCGAGCCCUCACACCAGCUUGUUGCUAGGCGAUGCUUACAUGAGUAUACAAGAGCCUGAAAAAGCUAUAGAAGUGUAUGAGGCAGCGCUGAAGAGGAACCCCAAAGAUGCGGCACUGGCCACCAAAAUUGGCCAGGCGUUGGUCAAGACUCACAAUUAUGGCAAGGCCAUUAAUUACUAUGAAGCAUCUCUGAAGGCUGGAGGUCAAGUGUCACUGAGAUAUGACCUGGCAGAGCUGCUGCUCAGAUUAAGGCAGUUUGAGAAGGCAGAAAAAGUUCUGAAACAAGCUCUUGAGCAGGGCGGACAAG